AUAAAUCAAGCACAGCCCAACCAUAUCAUAUGCAAAACAAACACCUAUACUACAGCUAAUUUCGCCUCCCUCUAAAUUAAUACCUAUCGCCUUUCAAUGUCGACCUCAUUAUCCAAACUUGGCCAAAGGAGCCAAGUCGCUGCAGCCAACCUAGCAAACUUGUUGCCAACAGGCACAGUCCUUGCAGCUGAAGCCCUAAUACCUUCAUUCACUAACAACGGUGAAUGUACACUUGCGAACGAAUACCUUACCUUAGGUAUCAUUGUGUGUUGUUCACUAGGUUGUUUUCUUUCCUCCUUUACUGAUAGCAUCAUUGGCAAGGAUGGCAAGAUGUACUAUGGCAUAGCCACAUGGAAAGGUUUAUAUGUAUUCAAUGAUAUCGACAGUACUGAUGGUGCAGGAAGGGAAGAAAUGAAAGACAAGGCUGAAUGUAGAAUCACUUUUACAGACUUCGUUCAUGCUUUUACAUCACUAACAGUUUUCUUGGUUUUUGCUCUUAGUAAUUCUAACGUGCAGAAUUGCUUCUUCCCUAAAGCAGGAGCUAAUGAGAAAGCACUUAUCAUGAAUUUGCCGUUAGGAGCUGGGUUCCUGGCAAGCUUUUUGUUCAUGUUAUUUCCUACCAAACGAAGAGGAAUUGGCUAUGGUGACACAGCACCAGCGAAAAAAGAAGGCAUAAUUAAAGAGUCUGCAUAAUUAAAGAUCGCAUAGCACUGCAUAAUGGCCUGAAAAGUAUGUUCUUCAUAUUGUGUACUACUCAAUAUCAGGAUGAUCAUAUGAGAAACUUGAAUCAGUUCAUGUACAAGAGAGCGGUGAGGGGAAAAGAAUGAAGUAGCUGCGAUGUUCAUUAACAGAAUAUAUUUCUUCACCUAGCCUUCGGAGCUAAAAAUGAUGCUUGUAAUGGAAAUUAAAUUCAAGAUCUUCCUAGUUUUGAAUAUUUAAUUUCCUUAAACCAUAUAAGCAAUAUUCAAGUUUAAUUGUGUGUGAAAAUGGUGGUUGUAACUGUUAGAGGUAAAUGAGAAUUUUGAUUCAAAAUA